AUGAUGAUGCAGAGGCAACAGCAACAGCAACAGCAACAGCAGCGCCAGCGCCAGCAAAAGCCACCGCAGCAAUAUGGCUCCUACACCGCGCAGGGCCAAGGGCAGCAGACCCAGUUUGGGCCGGCGACGCGCAUCAGCCUCAUGCCCUAUGCCCAGCGGCGAGGAGCCGACGGCCAACCCGAAUUUGUCGUCCUGCUGGGCUACGAAGUGGAGAUGGGCGCGCCGACUCCCUUCACUGCCGGCAAUGGCCAUUGGUCCGACUUUGGCAUCGUCGGUGCCGAUCCCACCACCUCCAACGCCCUGACCGAGGCCGCCAACGCGGGCGCUCAGCAGACCAUGUUCUUGCUGGGGACGCCGAGCACGCUUGCCGGCGCGCUCCAGCAGGUGGCCGCCGAGGUCAAGGCCAGCAACGGCGACCUCAUCUACCUGGUGCCGUUCGAGUACGACGCCAACCUGCCCAAAUACUUUAGCCGGGUGCGCUCCUACAUGCAGACCCAGUCGACCGGUCCAUCGGGCCAGGAGUUCGAGACGACCAAAUUGGCGUGCGCGCCCAGCACCGUCCAGGGCUCCAGCGCGCGCUCUGCCCUCACCAGCGAUUUCAUCAACUUUACCCUGCCGGCCGUGAUCAACCGCCUGCCCAACCUGUUCCCCAACAGCGGGGCGGCUCCCGAUUGCGGCGCGGCCUUUACUGGCGGCGUCGACCUCGGCACCUACUAG